AGCUCCUGAGCCACGAAGGGUGGGUCUCAUGGCCAAGUGUUGCCCGGAGUUGUUUUGCUUUUGGGGGAGGGAGUGAGGUAGUGGUGGUUGCAAAGGUUUAUCGCAUUGCUGAGCAGUGUUGCAGGAAGUCGCCAGCAGCAAUGCAGCCGACUGCAAGGCUUUAAGGCUGCAGCGCUGCCUGCGCCGCUGUUGCUUUUUAUAAACUGCUCUGCUUCUCAACUUGCUGCUGUCUCGGGUUUCCGACCUUGGCGGAAGAUGGCGGCUCUGUGCAGCACGUUUCUGAAGGGCAGCCGGUGCAUCCUCAGCCCGGUGGGCUGGAGACAGGGGUGCAGCUGUUUGUUUUCCACCAGCGCUCAGCGACACACCAAGUUCUAUGAUGACCCCGUGGCUGCCGUAAAUGACAUUCCCGACGGUUCUACACUGCUGGUUGGAGGCUUUGGGUUGUGUGGCAUCCCAGAAAAUCUCAUCAGUGCUUUGCUGAAGACUGGAGUCAAGGGAAUCACAGCUGUCAGUAACAAUGCAGGAGUGGAUAACUUUGGCCUGGGGCUUCUGCUGCACACCAAACAGAUCAAGAGGAUGGUGGCGUCCUACGUGGGAGAGAAUGCCGAGUUUGAGCGACAGUACCUCACCGGGGAGCUCGAGGUUGAGCUGACACCACAGGGAACUUUGGCCGAGAGAAUCCGAGCCGGGGGUGCAGGUAUCCCUGCCUUCUUUACACCGACUGCAUACGGCACACUUAUAGAGGAGGGCGGUGCACCCAUAAAGUACAACAAGGAUGGCAGCAUCUGUAUAGCGAGUGAGCCCAGAGAGGUGCGGGAAUUUGAUGGCCGGCACUACAUCAUGGAGAAGGGAAUCACUGGUGACUUCGCCCUCAUCAAGGCCUGGAAAGCGGAUCGAGCUGGGAAUGUCGUAUUCAGGAAGACUGCACGGAACUUCAAUCAGACCAUGUGUAAAGCUGCCAAAGUGACAGUGGUGGAGGUGGAGGAGAUCGUUGACACCGGCACCUUUGCCCCUGAGGAUGUGCACAUACCCAGUAUAUACGUCCAGAGAGUCGUGAAGGGCCAGCAGUACGAGAAGCGGAUAGAGCGGCUCACACUUCGAAAGCCCGGAGACAGCAAGCCCAAAGCCACGACAGAGGCCGACAUCGUGAGGGAGCGCAUCAUUCGCAGAGCAGCACUCGAGUUCCAGGACGGCAUGUACGCAAACCUGGGCAUUGGGAUGCCAAUGCUGGCCAGCAACUUCAUCCGAUCGGACAUCACCGUGCACCUGCAGAGCGAGAAUGGAGUACUGGGGCUGGGCCCAUAUCCUCUGGAGGGAGAGGAAGACGCGGACCUGAUUAAUGCAGGUAAAGAAACAGUGACAGUGCUGCCUGGGGCAUCCUUCUUCUCCAGUGAUGAGUCCUUCGCUAUGAUCCGUGGGGGUCACGUGAACAUGACGAUGCUCGGCGGGAUGCAGGUGUCCAAGUUUGGGGAUCUGGCCAAUUGGAUGAUCCCGGGGAAGAUGGUGAAGGGGAUGGGCGGAGCCAUGGACCUGGUGGCCAGUGCUGACACCAAGGUGGUGGUGACCAUGGAGCACACUGCAAAGGGUGGAGCUCACAAGAUCCUGGAGAAGUGUACGUUACCCCUCACUGGGAAACGCUGUGUCAACCGCAUCAUCACUGAGAAGGCGGUCUUCGACGUUUCCAAGGACAAGGGAUUGACGCUGAUUGAAAUGUUUGAAGGUGUGACUGUGGAAGAGAUCCAGAAGUGCACUGGGUGUGAUUUCAGUGUCUCGCCAAACCUCCGGCCCAUGGCCCAGGUCUGAGUGUGACGGGGUCCUGGCUGAUGGGGACAAGGCUUCACGAGCUACAGUGAGCCAGGAUCACUGGGAAACACCACCCAGCUACAUGCGGGCUGAUGGUUUUGAUUUUAACAAGUAGUUUUUGAAAUUAAUGUUCGUCUCUUGACAGUGGAUAAUUGCAGCAGCCUCUGCUCACCAGGGGGGUCGAUGCUGAUGGGAGGGGAAUUCCCAUGGGCUGCUCUGUACCCUUGCUAGUGCAGAGCUGGUGAACCUGCCCUACAGAAGGGAUAUGAUGGGGUAGUUAGCCUUUCCCCUUCCCAACUGGAACACCUCCUUCCCGUGGAUCUUGCCUUGGCUCCAGGUGCUGUAUUGCAGUAACCCCUGUGGCUCCUCCCUGCAGUGGGGCAGGCUCUCACUGUGAGGCUGGACGAUGUCUCACAGCGGGGGCCAGGCCUGGUGGCACCGUGUCCUCACAAUAACAGCCCAGGGCAGAACACAGGGUAGACUCCUCUCCAUAAAUCCGUCCAUCCUGUACUCUGCACCAAGGCUCCACGGUGUUGGGAAGAUUGUGCUUCCUGGCAAGGGAAGCAGGACAUUCUAGAACUUCUCAUCAGCUCCAUCAGUGUGUGACAGAGGGACUGGUUGUGGGUGUUCGACAGGACGAGCUUCCGGUGUCCAGAUAUAUUGUGGAGUUGGACUAACCCUGACCCGGGCCCUACAGUUACAGAGCAGCAGUUUAAAAUUAACUGCUUAAAAGGGACAAAGCCCUUGAUCCAUGAUGGGGGUGCCAAGUCCAGGUGCCAAAUUCCUUUAUACAUCAGCUGCAGGGAGUUUCAUGAUAGCCGUUACCUUCCAGAGCAACAGCUGAAGCAUUGUCAACAACACUAGCCCGAAGGCAGUUAACAGUCUUGUAUUUAACAGUAGAUUCCUCUGAGAUUGUUGUGAGGUUCUGUUAACCGGUGGGACCCCAGGAACUGAUGGCUUGGCCAUCUGAUGGUAAAAUCAGUUUAUUAUCGUCACAUGUACUGAGGUACAGUGGAAAAACUUGUCUUGCAUGCCAUUCAUACAGAUCAAUUCAUUACACAGUGCAUUGAGGUAGUACAGGGUAAAACAGUAACAAUACAGAGAGAGUGCAGGCAGACAAUAUGGUACAAGGUCAUAACGAGGUUGGUUGUCCAUCUUCUCGUACUGGGGGACCGUUCAAUAGUCUUAUAACAGCGGGAUAGAGGCUGUCCUUGAGCCUGGUGGGAUGUGCUUUCAGGCUUUUGUAUCUUCUGCCUGAUGGGAAAGGAGAGGAGAGAAUGUCCCGGGUGGGUGGGGUCUUUGAUUAUGUUGGCUGCUUUACUGAGGCAGCGAGAAGUGUAGGCAGAGUCUAUGGAGGGGAGGCUGGUUUUGGUGAUGUGCUGAGCUGUGUCCACAACUCUCUGCAGUUUCUUGCGGUCAAGGGCAGAGCAGUUGCCGUACCAAGCAUGAAGCAUGCAAAUAGAAUGCUUCCUGUGGUGCAUCGAUAAACAUUGGUGAGGGUCAAAGGUGACAUACCAAAUUUCUUUUUCCUCCUGAGGAAGUAGAGGUGCUGGUGAGCUUUCUUGGCUGUGGCAUCUACGUGGUUGGACCAGGACAGGCUACUGGUGAUGUUCACUCCUAGGAACUUGAAGCUGUCAACCCUCUUAACCUCCACAGCAUUCAUGUAAACUGGUGCAUGUACACCGCCCCCCCUUCUAACAUUGAGGGAAAGGUUGUUGUCAUGACACCAUGUCACUAAGCUCUCUAUCUCCUUCCUGUACUCUGACUCAUUGUUAUUUGAGAUAUGGCCCACUAUGGUAGUCUUAUCUGAAAACCUGGAGAUGGAGUCAGAGCAGAAUCUGGCCACGCAGUCAUGAGUAUAGGGAGUAGAGUAGGGGGCUGGGGACACAGCCUUGUGGGGCAUCAAGGCUGUGUCCUUGGAGAGAGCACAGCCCUGUCAGCCCCAUCUUGUUUUAUUGAAUGGCUGGAAGGGGAGGAUCCAGGUCAACAGAAGAUAGUUCUGGGCAUUUCUGAGCCCACUCUCCUGCUGUCUCCGUGUAUGCACAGAAACGGCAGCAGUGCCUCCACAGCUGCCUGUAUUUUGUACAAGAGGUCCUGGGACACCCUGUGAGAAAUGAUGAGAAUUUGUCACGGGUUCUGUAGUCCGUUAUCAGGCUGCUCACACUGGGGGGUUUCUGAAACUUUGAUUUCUCAGUUCUGUUUGUGUUCUGUGAAUGUGUGUGUAAGCAUGGACACAGCAGGGGAAAGCAGCCAUCAAAUCAGGAGCUUAACCAAGCAGACAAACUGUGCCAUUGAGUAUUCUAGAUGACCAGACACCAGUGUCAAAUAGCUCUGUGACUAUGUGAGUGUGUGCAAGCUCCCAGUGCAUAAGUUGAUUUCUGAUGUAUAUUUUACACACUAGUGCUAUCCUUUAAAUUGAAUUCCAACAAAAACCAAUGGAAACCAACUCCUUGGCGUGACCACCCCCUGUGAGACUGAAGUUGUGUGAAUGAUCCUGUGUGCCCCACUCACCAGAAGCCAGUGCCACCUCAGAUUCGUGUCUGUGUUGAGUGCACAGUGCCUGAGUGGGGGCUGUCUAUCCACUUGCCUGUUAUUCCUUUCUCUCAUAUAAAUAAAAAGAUUACUGUGAA